ACACAGAUUCCAUUUUCCAUUAGUCUUCACUCUCAUUCUAGAGCCCCAAAAAAAGCGCGCGAAAAGCAAGAACCCCAUCACAGUCACAGACCAGACCGUACUGUAAAGUCAAAGAGAAAAAAUGCCGGAACUGCCGGAAGUGGAGGCGGCGAGGCGGGCGGUGGAGGAGCACUGCCUCGGCAAGAAGAUAAAGAAGGCCAUAAUUGCCAACGACACCAAGGUCAUCGACUCCGUCUCCGCCUCUGACUUCGAGGCCGCUCUCUUGGGCAAAACCAUAAUUUCGGCCCACCGCAAGGGCAAGAAUCUCUGGCUCCGCCUCGAUUCACCUCCCUUCCCUUCCUUCCAAUUCGGGAUGUCAGGUGCUAUAUAUAUUAAGGGUGUUGCAGUUACAAAAUAUAAGAGGUCUGCUGUAAAUGACACCGAUGAAUGGCCUUCCAAAUAUUCAAAGUUUUUUAUAGAACUAGAUGAUGGUUUGGAGCUGUCUUUCACAGACAAGAGGCGCUUUGCUAAAGUCCGCUUACUCAAAGAUCCAGCUGCAGUGUCCCCCAUAUCUGAGCUUGGCCCUGAUGCAUUAUUGGAGCCUAUGACUGUUGAUGAAUUUACUGAAUUGUUGAGCAAGAAGAAAAUCGCAAUUAAGGCUUUAUUACUUGACCAGAGUUAUAUUGCAGGCAUAGGCAAUUGGAUUGCAGAUGAAGUGCUAUACCAAGCAAGAAUUCAUCCACUGCAAAGCUCUGCCAGCAUGUCCAAAGAAAACUGUGCAACUUUGCACAAGUGCAUAAAAGAGGUUAUUCAAUAUGCGGUUAGAGUUGAUGCCGACAGCAGUCGCUUUCCUCUUGAGUGGAUUUUUCAUUUUCGAUGGGACAAAAAGCCUGGAAAAAAAGCAAUUGAAGUUGGGGCAGAUAGUAGUCAGUUUCCUAAAAACUGGAUAUUUCAUUCCCGUGAAAAGAAGUCUGGGGCUUUUGUUGAUGGGAAGAAAAUUGAUUUUAUCAAUGCUGGUGGCAGGACAACAGCCUAUGUACCAGAGUUGCAAAAGCUAAGUGGAAACCAAGCUGCAAGAGUCGCAGCUGAACCAAGAAAGAAAACUUCAAAGAGAAAAAGUGGUGGGAAUGAUGACACUGAUGAACUAUCAAACGAGGAAGAGAAAAUUGUUGAAACUGAUCAACUGAAGAAAGGACUGAAGCCUAGAAGUCGAGGAAAAAAGCCUCCAAUGAAAAGAAAAUCUGAUGACAGUGAUGAUGACGAGGCUGGUGAUGAUAAUAGUGAUGAUGAUGAAGUUCAAAAGAAGACAACGAAAAAAACCACUACUAAGCAGGCAAAGGCAGAGAAGGCAUCCAAGAAAAAGGUGCAAAGCAGUCAAAAUAGUAAGAAGCCAAAGAAAGCAAAGUAGGUAGUUAUUAAGAUAUUUAGAAGGCAGUCAAUCCCAGAUGUGUUUUGGAGGAAUGGAAGGACGAGUAUUUACUGUUGUAACUAUUGUUAAUAGUUCAACCUUUUUGUCAUGGAAUUUGGUCAGUCUUGAUAUUGUGGCUGCCUUGCUUGUGAAUUUCAUGACUUCUGUUAUGCGGUAACUUCUAUAUGGUACUUGGAAGCUUGGGAUUGCUCGUUCAAUUGCAUUUAAGAAAUGUUUUGGUGUAUAAUGUAUGAAAUGUUCAAUUUACUCUGAAA